AGAGUUUUACUUUGAAGGAGUUGGACUGAAUUUCCUGUUCUGUUUGUCGAGUAGGGGGUCAGCCCAGUUUGUCCUUGCACUUGUGCCAGUCUUCACAGACGGAGAAGCUGCUUCUACAAUGAAGUUCCACCUGAUUCUAACCUUUGUCUUCAUGCUCCUCAGUGUGCAGCGCUCUCUUCUUCUGCAGGUCUGUCCUCCUCUGUGCCGCUGUGACUGGAACACCAACAGUGUGACUUGUGCUGGAUUGGAGGUCCUGCCACUGUUCUGUUCCUGCACUCAGGAGGUGUGGAUGGUGGGCUCAAAGCUGCUCUUCAUUCCUCAGGACGCCUUCAUCAGUCUGCCCAACGUUUCCCGCAUACACGUAUCUGAUGACAACACUCUGACAUCUCUGCAGAGACAUUCUUUCUUCAACCUGUCCAGGAUCGUGCACAUACAGCUGACCAGCAUCAAAGCUCUGUCUCACAUCCAUCAAGAGGCGUUUAAGGACCUUCCAAACCUAAAAUACCUUGGGAUCAGCAACACGGGUCUAAGAUCGUUUCCAGCCCUGCAGCAGAUCAGAUCGAGUCAAGAGGAUUUCAUGCUGGAAAUAGUGGAGAACGCCUUCAUUCAUGUGAUUCCUGCUAACUCCUUCAGUGGGAUCAGUGAGCACGCUCUGACUGUAAUCCUCAGUGGUAACGGCAUGAAGAAGAUUGAGAGUUUGGCCUUUAACGGGAGCAGAUUGGAGGAAGUAGACCUGAGCAGGAACAAGGAUUUGGGACAUCUGGAUGACUUUGCGUUUUCUGGUGUGAUUGGAGGUCCGACUCACCUAGACCUCUCGGAGACCAGAGUCAGCUCCCUGCCCCCCCUCGGCAUGGAGGCCCUUGAGAAGCUCCGAGCUGAAAGCGUCUGGGCUUUGGAGGUCAUGCCCCCCUUCAGCGCCUUUCCUCACCUGCAGAGAGCCGAGCUGACCUUCCCGAGCCACUGCUGCGGACUGCAGACGCUCCAAAGGUGGAGAGGGCGCUCUCAGGAGGUGGUCUGCAGCCUGAUCAGGGCUGCUUUAGGGAUGCAGCAGGAUUCGUCUGCAGGCUCCUCACAGAGGUCUCUCAGCGGUGGUUCAGAGUUCACACCACACAACAACAGUCAGAGCUGCUCAACCAGAGGAGCGUUUUCAUCUGCAGAGCGUCUGCUCCAGGACUUUGACCUCUCCAUGUGCGCGGACACUGACAGCAGACCCUCGUGCACACCGACGCCGGACGCGCUGAACCCCUGUGAGGACGUGAUGAGCCGGGCCUUCCUCAGAGUUCUGGUCUGGGUAGUUAGUCUAGUUGCCAUUUCAGCCAACUUGUUAGUGCUGCUGAUCCUGCUGAGCUGCCAGCAGAAGCUGUCCGUCACACGGUUCCUCAUGGGUCAUCUGGCCUUCGCUGACGGCUGCAUGGGGACGUACCUGCUGCUCAUCGCGUCCGUGGACUUUUACACGCGCUCCCAUUAUCAUCGCUACGCUGUCGCCUGGCAGACAGGAAGUGGCUGCAGUCUGGCGGGGGUGUUGUCCGUGUUUGCCAGUGAGUUAUCAGUGUACACGCUAACGUCAAUCAGCGUGCAGCGCUGGCACGCCAUCUUUAACGCCAUGAGGCCUCAUAGGAAGAUGAGGCUCCGGCACGCUGCAGCGCUAAUGCUCAUUGGCUGGCUGCUCUGCAUCACAGCUGCCGUGCUGCCAUUGGUCGGUGUGAACACCUACCAGAGAGUAAGCAUCUGCCUCCCCAUGGACACCAAGAGCACGGCCGCCCGAGCGUACCUGGUCUCCGUCCUGACUGCCAACCUGGUUGCCUUCAUGGUGGUGUGCUUGUGUUACCUUCACAUCUACUGCAUGGUGCACAACUCUCUGCACGCCUCCAGCAGAUCCGAUAACAGCAUGGCCAAACGCAUGGCUGCUCUGAUCUUCACCAACUUCCUCUGUCUGGCUCCCGUCUGCUUCUAUGGCUUAUCUGCAGCCUUCAACCAUCCGCUGAUGACCUUCACAGACUCCAAGGUGCUCCUGGUGCUUUUCUACCCCCUCAACUCCUGUGUGCACCCCUUUUUUUAUGCCAUCCUCACCAAGGCGUUCCACAGGGACACCCUGAUGCUGCUGAGUCGCAUGGGGCUAUGUCAGCGGCAGGCACACCUGUAUCGGAGCCGGCUCUUCAACGUCAGCCCCCACAUUUACAGAGGGUCACCCCCACAGUAGGACAGCAUCUGCUCCUCACAUCCCACAGUUGGCGCUGCAGUCUGGCCCAAUCACAACCGGCUCUGUCCACCUCGACUGAAGGCCUUCAAAAACUGUUCUGAGUCCUCAGAACUCAAGUAGUCUCCUUCAGUAUAAAAAGAAAAUCUUUAAUGGCUGAGUCGCUCUGAAAGAUGCAUCGACCGUCUCAUGAAAGCAAGAAGGAGCCAGCCACAGUGUAAAACCUUCUCCGUGGUGGACCAUAACAGGCAGACAUCCACAGAGGAAACCCGUGAUGAGGCCGUGUGUGUACAAUCGCCUUUCUCCGUCAACAUGCUGUCCAAACACUUACGGGUUUCAGUUUAAUAAAUGAUGACGUUUCAUCACUUCACUUUAAAUACUUUGUGUUAUUAAUUCUAUUUCGGAUGAAUGAGCUCCUCUGACUGAUGACCUAUUCAAUUCAACACGUUAAAGUGUGACGUGAAACACGAGAGGUCCCAAAGAGGUCAUUGUCUCCAUCAACCAGAAGAGAGGCCUUCAUUAAAUAAUGUUGAAAAACAUCCAGUGACGUUAACGUCCUCUUCUCAUUAUACCGGGCACAUCAGCAGGGUGUUUCUGCCCGGUAUUUGCAGCACCAUGCAUGAGCCCAGAAGCUGUGGACGUCAGAUAUGGUUUAAUGAUGGGGCUAAGCAGGCUGUUUAGUAGCCGCAGUCCCUGUUUAGUAUCAUGUAGAACAGGAGUGUUAAAAUCAAUCCCACAAGGGGCAAAAUCCAAAACACAACUUAGGUCACGGGCAGGAGAAACAUUUAUUGAACACUCUAAAACUACAUUUUUAAACCUGUAACUUUUAAACAAAAUUAUGAAAUGCAUAUAUAGCAUUACCUGAGACAUUAACUUUGACAUGUGUGAUAUAGAAGAAAAGUUGCAAAAAGAAACUCUUCAGGUUGAACUUCAUAUAAGACAACAAUUUCCGACUUUUAAACAUCUUUGAACCUGAAAUCUCUUAUUGAUGUGUCAUUAAAUGACUUCUGGACAUGUUUGUUGUGUCAAAGUUUUUUAACUUUCCGGUUAAUAUUGAUAGUUAAUAUUGUUGUAUAAAAU